UUUGCAAUGCUAAUCCACUGACGUAAUAUCACUCACGGCCAUUUGUUGCCUACGUGACGUGUGUAAUUGAUCUUUUGUAGGCGUCACUUAUGGGCGCCUUCUCAGUUGUAUAAAGAGCCGAUUCCAAACACGUUCGGCAUUUAAGUGCCUAGAAGUCGAAGGUGCUUUUAAGAGACAGGCGUUGAGGAAGCUUUGAAUUUUCAAAGGCACACAUUGUCGAAGCACCAUGCAGGAUUUGGUAACUAAUACAACUUCGCCCGAAGGAUCUCCAGCGCAGAAAAAACGAAAGAGAAACAGCCGGCGAGUCCCUAUUGAUAUGAUGUUGCAAGUCCAAAUCGCCGCUAUAAGACAGCCAAAGGAAAGAGAAGCUUUAAAGAAGCGAUUGAGAAAACAAAUUACAUGUUGCGAGAUAAAUGAAAUAACUACUUCAGGACUCACGGCACUCAAUCAGUGCGUUUUAGACGGAAAUUUGGAGAGCGCUAAAAUGCUGGUCGAAUUAGGAGCAGACGUUAACAAGAAGGAUAGAUUCGGUUGGACCGCUCUGCAUUACGCGGCCAGCGAAGGUUACGAAGCAAUCUGCCGGUAUCUCUUAAGGAACGGUGCGAAUGUCAGGGCUGAAGAUAAAGAAGGAAAAUUCCCCGUGGAAGUUACGGACGAUGAACUUAUUUUAAAACUUUUAUUGAGGGCGACUUUGCUAUACAACAUGCCCCCGUUAGACAAAGACUCCCUGCAGCAUAGCUGCUGAUGCGUUUGUUAUUAUUGUUGUUUUGGCUGAAGCAGCCACUAUGUUGCUUUGCUUGUUUUGGAGAUGGUAUUGCGUUCUUAUUCUGCGAGCGGAAUCAAUUUAGCUUGGCAGCGAACCGUACGCCGAUUGAAGUCAGUCACGCAGAUUUUUGCUAUCCAGCAACAUCGUGGCAAGAAGAUAUCUUAAGCUCAAAGCGAGUGAAAGACUCUUGCAAAGUAUGCAAUGAAUCAGAGAAACAUUAGAGAAUUCGGUAAUGUGUAAAUAUUGUUUUCAUACUUGUACGAUAAGAGAUCUUUUUUAAACAAAUGGAUGCCAAAUGUAAGUCAAAUGGCCAUUCCAUCACGUUUAGUGGAAAUAUUUCCAUUUGUUGCCCAAUUUCCUAUUAAAGGUAAUUAACACAUUUGGUGAAA